GUUGUAGGUGCCAAAACAGACGACUACUCAUACCAGAAAUCAAUGGACGAUCUUCAACCAGAAGGAAAUGUGAGGGUGAUCUCGCAAGACUGUCCCCCUCUCAGAGGACUUCUCCGAAGAGAACCAACCAAAUCUGCGCUCUUACAUGAGGUACGGCGCAACGUGGCCUGGAAUGGACAGUUUCUAGUGAACCACGCGCCCAUUCGGAGGUGUACGACUUCCGUCAAUUCCAUCCAGCAAGGAACUAGCGUUCGUUUACACUCACCUAACAUUUUGGUACCCAAUAAUGGUGGAUAAUAUCACAUUGGAUCUUGAGUUGGAUUGUGGAGGGCAGAUCACGGAACAUUACCAAGCAGUCUGGGGCAGUGUAAGCUUUUGGCUGGACGGUGUUUUGACGCCCUGUAUAGGAACGGUCGGGCUAAUUGGCAAUCUGUUGUCGAUUGCUGUGUUUUCCACCAGGCAGAUGAGGAAAUUCACUUUCAACUACUUGCUUCUGGCCUUGGCAGUUUUUGAUCUCAUCUUCAUCGUUUGUGCCAUACCUGUCCAUUCCAUUCCAUCGUUGAACUUGGACAGCCUCAAUGAACUGACUGGCACACGAGGAUUCGGGCUCAUUUACAGAUACUUCCUCUAUCCAUUCACCACCGUUGCGUAUUCAGGGGGGGUCUAUAUGACCGUCACCAUCACCAUUGAAAGAUUCGUUGCCGUGUGCAGACCCCACAGCUACCGAGAGUCCUUGGUCCACACUUCACCGGGGAUCCGAGCCUUGAAGUAUGUCUUACCUGUGAUUGUAUUCUCCUUGGUCUUGAAUAUUCCAAAGUUCUUGGAGAUCGAGGUCCAUUUCGUGAAUGGUUCGUCCCAAUAUACAUUGUCAGAGAUUCGCCGGAAUCCAAACUUCAUUUGGUGGUACACGCACAGCCUCAUUAUCCACCCUUUCCUCACAACCACUGUGGUUCCAAUCAUUCUUCUGUGCGUCCUCAACAUCAAGAUAUAUCGCGGUAUUCUCAAGGCCCGUAUCAACGUGCACAACUCCAAUAAUCACGGCGAGCUCAAUUUGGCCGUGGUUUUUGUCACCCUGUGCUCAUUGUUCAUCCUGUCUCACUCUCUGCGGAUCUACUUGGCUGUCCGAGCAGUGAUUGAGGCUCCCAUCACCUCGGCGUGUAUGGAUAGUCACAAAUCCUAUCUCCCUCCAAUCCAUUUGGUCUGUUUGGAGGCUACUUCCAAUCUGCUGAUCCUGACCAAUUCGUCGUGCAAUAUUUUCGUUUAUUGCACGUGCUCAACCCACUUCAAAAUGUUCUUCCACAAGCUGUGCUUGACACACGAUCACACGCUCUCGUCGGACAGUUUACGAAGGCAUCAAACCACCAAUGUGUCCCAGCUAUUGGGUCAAAAUAACCUGGCUUUGCUCAAUGGGGCGAAAUCGGGACCAGAUGGUGGUCAGAACCAACCAUUGAUCUUACUGCAGAGAAGUUCGGGGGCGUCAGCAUUCAGCAUUCGGUCACAGAGUUGGAAUAAAGUCGGAGAAACCGACUUGGAUGAAACGGUCGAAAUCCUGGAAUGUGUGGAAAUGAAGUCUCUUCGGCCAAGAAGUGCCGAAGGUAAUCGAUUCCAAGACACCGACUUGAAUGAUCCAGAUUGUGGAGUAACUAGCCCUCAAUUGGUUUAAAAAUCAAACCCAUUUUACGGUGUUCAUCGUCGGUCUGUGACGUGCGUAAUUGGAACAUCACAAUAACACGCUAACUACAUCCAAGUACCUACCUCGUCCCAACAGAAUUUGUCAAGUGUUGUAUGUUCUAACCCGCACGUAAAUGAUGUUGUCAACAUCUGCAGUGAAGCUUCUAAUUCCGAAUCAAGUCAUUAAACGUCGUUAUCCCAACGUUUUCCCGUCCUAAAUCGAUCGUUUUAAUAACAAAGUUUUGAAACUGUCUAGUUGGAAGACUUGCAAUUUCCUUUUCGUCCCUCCAAUGAAAUCUAUUAUUUUUUGGUAGUUUUUCUUACUUAUAGCAUCAAGAUCAAUUAGUAGUGCUACUGUGUUAGCCAAACCCUAAAAGUACC